GGCUGUGAAGUUGGUAACACUAGAAAAGGUAGUAUCUCCGUUUUGUGGCUCCGUGUAAUGCCGUGUACCUAGCACGCCACCUACAGUACAGGCUUUAUUUAUUUACUACCAAAAAUAAACCUGGCCGUGGUAAAAUCUUGUAGGAUUAUCGUAACAUUUGUAUCCACGAAAAGCGAUUUUUGCUGAUCGUAGCAGCUCAUUUUACAAGAGGUAACACGUUUCCAAAAAACUUUUUCAAGUAAUAGCACAUUACUCUUCUUAUAAAGAUAAAAAAUUAAUGUGUUUUCGUCGAUUGCUCUGUCAAGAUUGAAGACUAACUUCAAAAAUUUAUUUCCUUUCCAUGGGAAGUGUAGGAGCAAUGUCAAAUGAGGAGCGUCUACGCACGCUUCUUUCAGAUUUAGGCAAAGCAACUCUUCGUGGGGUACGAAAAUGUCCCAAGUGUGGAACUUAUAAUGGAUCUCGUGGAUUGUGCUGUAAAAAUAAAUAUUGUGAUGCAGUGUUCAAAGAGCCUGGAGAGAAACGAAAAUUAUCUACAGAAGCAUGUAAACUAAUAACUGGGUCAAUAGCACAAGUGUUUUCUGUAAGAGUCAGGGAUAAGGGACCUGAUUUCAGAGGUUUUGUACAGUUACCUCUUAUUAAUGCCACAAUUUCUAAUGAUAUUACUACCCUGAUAUCACAAACGACUACACUGUGCUUUGUGGAUAGCUGCGAGAGAAGUUUUGAUGCAAGUGUUUUAAAAUGCCAUGAAAAAGAUACAGCAGAUAUGUCAAUCUCAACAUGUCAGCAUAUACAAGCAGCUCUGCGUUGCUAUGCAGAAGCACAACCAUUAACAUUACGAAACUCUAUUUUAUCUUCUUUAAAUGUAAACAAUGAAACGAAACAAGAAAUUUGGUUACUUGCUACUGAAACGUCCGGACCAUUGGUACAAAGAGUAUCAAAAAAUAUAAUGGUAGUGAAAUGCAAAGCUUCGCCAAAGCACCCAUUAGGGUAUCUUCACUUUUCAUUCUUCAUCACAAAACUAAAAGACAGGGUCGAGCAUCGCUAUUUCUGUAGUUGUACAGCAUUUAAGACAACUUCAAAAAUGCUGGGAGAUAAAAUUGAAACGACCUCAGCCGCUCAAGUUAAACGAUGUGUACAUUUUUAUGCAUGUAUUUGUGCGUUCGCCAGUGAUCCUAAGUUAUCCGAAGAAUUUGAAUAUUAUAUAAACUUAGACCAAGCAGAUUUCAGUAUACAAAAACCCUUAAGUACGUCAUUUCAAACGAAUGAAACUGAUAAAAUUGUUGGAAUGGAUUUAGAAAGUUUAACUACAGACGAUACUGAUACCCAUCUUCUGAUAUUUCGCGAUGAUACCCUAACUGUACAAAAUUUGGAUGGUAGCAAAUUGGAUAUGGAUUCAAUGAAUUUAGACUCAGCAAUGCUACCACAUGGUAUUGUGGAGAACAUAGAAGUAGAGUGCGACCGCACCUUACUUGACGAUACAAAUAUAAUAUCCCAGGUACAUAACUUGGAAGUAAUCGAUCAGAAUGUAGUACUUGAUGCAAAUGCAGUAAAAAUUCUAGAUAAUCAAUCUACAAUCGAUACCAAAUAUAAUGUAAUAAAUGAUAGUCAGUAUCUCCUAGAUGAUAGUAACAUAAAGAUACUGAAUAGUAGUGGUACUGUAAAGAUACUCGAUGCAAACACAGUACUAGAUGCGAAUAAUGUCAAGUUACUUGAAAGUAGUACCUUAAUAGAUGGUAAUACCGUGAAAAUAAUUGACGGAAAUACAAUAAUACAAUGUGACUGUGGUAUAGCACCAAAUGUCAAUAGUAUAGCAACAACUUUACCUACGAGUUCGGCAAAAAGAAAAAGGGAUGAGAAAUUAGGACGCGCGCCAAACACAACCAGUCUGAAUAAUCUGAAUUCGAUUGAACCUAGAAAAGCCAAAACGAAACCUACUAUAAUAAAAAAAUAUCAAAACACGUGUGAAAAUUUAGAUGAGGCUAAUACUAGCCUAUCGUUUAUCAAAUGGUUGGCUUCCAUUACCGAGAGGAUAAAUCAGACAAUGCAUUUUCAAUUUGACGGUAAACCUGAUCCACUUGUCUUUCAUGUACCGCAAAUAUUUUUUGAUUGUCUACGCGAGCGAAUAUCCUGUGGUGGUAAAAAGAAACGAUUACCAAACUCGACAACUGCUUUCGUUAGAAAAGAUGGUGUACCGCUGGGUACUUUUACAAAGUACACUUGGCACAUUACGAAUAUUUUACAUGUGAAAAGCAUCUUUGAGACGCCCAUUAUACCUCUGGAAAUUACCAGAAGUUUUGUUCAAAAUGCUGAUGGGACAUAUGAGUUGUAUAAAAGGGAGGAGACUGAUAUAGAUCGGUUUAAAAAAACUAGUAAUAAUGCUCUUAUUAAGCCACUGGAAUUAAAAACAUAUUUAAAAGUUGGAAAUACUUCACCAAACCAAGUGGAGCCCACGCCAUUUUUGAUAGAGUGGAUACCGGACAUUUUACCGAUAUCAAAAAUAGGUGAACUUAGAAUUCGAUUUGAAUUCGGUCACGUAAAGAAUGAAACGCCACAACGUUGGCGAAAAGUCGCGGUAACCAAAAGUUAUUAUUAAAUUUUUUUAAAUAUAAGAUUCUCACUGAUAUUUAUUUUUUUUUUUGUAUUGAUUUUGUAUAUAAAAUACGCAAGAUGUAUAUAUUCUGUAAAGUUAUUGAAAAGAUACUGUGGCGGUUCUAAUAUCAAAAAUCAAUCGUUAACAUGGAAAGAAUUCCAUUUUUAAUUUUUUUUUUCAAAUAACUUAUAAUCAGGUGUUACAAGAAUUUUAUAUGAUCUGUAAGCGUCGUAGUUAAGUUAUCAGUAGGAUAAUUAGCAUAGAGAUAGCUAUUAGUGUGAAUUAACUAAGCAAAAUUUAUAUUACAAUGUGAAUAAUGAUCUCCAUUAUAUUGUAUUCUAUUCAUACUCUGCACAAGACUAAUGAUAAACUAGAUAGAGGUUUUAAUUGAAUUAUGACAACUUUUAUGUUUUAUGUUGAUAGAAUUAAUCAGUUAUUUGACGAUUAUCUUUUAAAUAAUUCAUGUCUUUUAUUGGAAAAAUUGAUUUUUGUUUAAUUUAUCAAUGAUUUCUGCUUUUAUCAUCAUGCACAAUGAGAAUUUCAUUUGCCUAAUUCACAUAAGUGACGGAGGACUGAAUCUACAUUGUUUUAUCGAUAUAUGAGUAUAUGGUUCAUUUAAUAUAAUGAGACCAUUGAAAAAUCUACAUAAUGUAGAAAUAGUGGAUGUAACUUUAAGAUAGGGCAAUGAUAUAUUUUAAAUACAUGUAAUUUGACAAAUUUUGUUAUCUAAAAUAACAAAAAGAAACAUCUUUGUCUAUGAUAUUUAAUGUCAUUUCUUCAUCCAAGUGUGAAUGGUUGGCACGACUCAAAUUAACAUUUCAGAUUCUGAUACAAUUACAUAGCAUAUUAUAAAUAUAUAUCCCUCCGCCCCUCUGUGCACCUCUGUGAUCAUUGCUGCUUAAUAAUAAAAGAAAAACGAAUAGACCUUGACAGAUAA